GGAGAAACGGCAGGGCUGAUGGAGCAGGCAGACGGGCAGGCGGGCAGGCGGUGCUGCGGCUCCGCCCUCCGCCGCUGGGAGCCCGGGCGCCAUGUUUGCUUGACGCCCGAAGACCAGGGGUUUGUCUGGGUGUGUUGGUGCUCACCGGCGUGUAAGCAGAUGUCAGUGCGCUGCGUUGUUGAAGCUCUGCAGGUCCAGGACAGCCUGUGAAAAUAUGAGUUCUGCAGUCCUGUGUGCAGCCCGGCCUGUUGUCCACUGCUGUUGUCACAGAAAGAUCUGGCUGCACUCAACAGGAGGGAGCCGAGCGCCCUCCAUGAAGCAGACCCCCGUCUCCUGGGCGAUGCUGACAGAGCCAUGAAUAGAUACGCGACUCUCAAGCAGCUGGGAGACGGGACCUAUGGGUCCGUUCUUCUGGGAAGGAGUCUGGAGUCGGGAGAACUGGUUGCUAUUAAAAAAAUGAAAAGGAAGUUCUAUUCCUGGGAAGAAUGCAUGAACCUGCGAGAGGUUAAGUCCCUGAAGAAACUGAAUCAUGCUAAUGUAGUCAAACUGAAGGAAGUCAUCAGAGAAAAUGACCAACUCUACUUUGUGUUUGAGUAUAUGAAGGAAAACCUUUACCAGUUGAUGAAAGACAGGAGUAGAUUGUUCCCUGAAUCUGCUGUGAGAAAUAUAAUGUACCAGAUACUACAAGGAUUGGCAUUUAUUCAUAAACAUGGGUUUUUCCACAGGGAUAUGAAACCCGAAAAUCUUCUUUGCAUGGGACCAGAACUUGUUAAAAUAGCAGACUUUGGCCUAGCGCGGGAAAUAAGAUCUCGACCUCCAUACACUGACUACGUCUCUACAAGAUGGUAUCGUGCCCCUGAGGUUCUCUUGAGGUCCACCAGCUACAGCUCUCCUAUCGACCAGUGGGCAGUGGGCUGCAUCAUGGCUGAGCUCUACACACUGCGGCCUCUGUUUCCUGGCUCAAGUGAAGUAGAUACGAUAUUCAAGAUCUGCCAGGUCCUGGGAACGCCGAAAAAGGUCAUUAUAUUUAAAGCCUCAAAGAGGGUCUUCAGGAAGGGCUUUUAUUACACUUUGCUUGUAUUAGGAGUGGUUUUCCUGGCCUUUAUAAGGUAUAAGAAUGAAAGCUUAGUUCCCACAUAUAAAAAUGUUUUUAAUGAACACACCAUUCUUUUUGAGAAUAUAAGCACAUUUGGGACGGGACCUCUGCCGCGCGCCGCCAAGCCGGAGCCACGCGAACGCCAGCCCCUCCUCCCGCUGCUUCACGACAAGGUGCCGCAACAGCAGAGGCUGCCUGAAGCCACAGAGAAGGCCGUCCUCCCGGGUGUCCACACCAAGCCCAAGGCUGGCAGGCGGCGCUGGGCUCAUGUCUCUGGGGUUCUGAAGAGCUCCGGCGACUGGGAUGACUUUGAGGAUGUAGAAGUCUCUUCACUGAGCAGAAUGAAGGUCACCAAUGACAAGAGGAGACACGGGGAUGAAGCCUUGAGCAGAUUUGGAAGCAUGUUGAAUUUGGAUCCGGCAAACGGUAGAGCAAUAGGCAAUCCUCCCAGCGUGAAUGGCUCCCUUUCCUGCCAAGAUCCAGCCUUGUCCAGGAUAACGUCAGCUAAGCAGCAUUACUUGAAACAAUCCAGGUAUUUGCCAGGGCUCAGUGCAAAGAAGAACGGGGCGAUAAGUUUGAAUCUAGACUGUCCAGCGAAUGGCCAGUGGGGCAGUGCCAGCUUUCCUCUGGGCGUUGGAGGAACAGUGCCAGGGAGAAGAACAACCCAGGGUCCCAGCACGCUGCCACGUGAUUAUGCUCCUUCUUUUUAUAAGAAGGAAGUAGCUUCUGCUGGCCAGCGAGUACAGCUUGCACCCCUGGUGGAUCCACCAUCCUCUAACUAUGCAACGUGGAAAUCCGGCCGCAGUCAGCUUGCGCCUCCAUCCUAUACUUCGCCUUCAAAGAGCACCCCAGGGGUACUGCCUCACCCCCCUGCACAGCCUGUCCAGCCUGUACAUGGGCGAAUAGACUGGGCCGCCAAAUAUGGGCAUCGAUAGUGCCCCCUGCAGGACAGCGGGCUACCACCAGCCCCUGGAUACUCAGGAGAGGGGGGAGAGGGGCACUCCGUCAUGAACUGUGUAGAUAACAUGUAAUAUACAGCAAUAAUGUUCUUUUUGUAUUUGUCUCUGUAUAUAAUGUAUUAUAUGUGUGCUUGGUUUUGAUAUGUUAUCAAUAUACUCUACAGCAGCUUUUGUUACUCAAGCUGGUUUUGGUCUCCGCUCAGUUUUUUAAGAAAAACACAAGAGAAGCAUUUGUUUUGAGUGCAGUACUGAAGCUUGUCUGUGCAUUUCAGCAAGGUAGUGCACUUCUCUGUUCUGUCGUGCUACACUGUCCCGAACACCGCUGACAGUGAAACACUGUGAUCUGAGGUGCGUGUCCAUCACACUUCAGUCGCGGCUUAAUCGCACCCUCAACCCAUGUUUGUUUUGAAGCUGGGACUGUUCAUUUAACUUAUACCAAAGUCUUUGCUUCCUCAAAUUGAAAUGUUAAGCACAUGGCUCAAUAAGUGAUCAAAUUAUGACGACCUUUUAUGCUCUUUUUCUUCUAUUGGAUCAACAUGGACCUCAUACAGACUGUUUACUGUGCACUCUGCAGUGAUGUCUUAAAUUUCAAUCAGAAUUGUUAUUCUCCACUGUAGCAACAGAGCUCAUUGUGUAUUAUAUGCCAUUACAUUCCUUCAAAUCAAUAAGAAACUAGACUUUCGAAAGGUGGAAAACUGAUUUAUUUGGCUUUUUGUUUCUUGUUUCCUGUGCUUUGGAAAACAAGAUUAAAAGCAAGGAUAUUAAAGGUGUUUAGGGGCUUUACUGUAUAGUUUCAAUAACUGUCCUAACAGUUUCCUUUUUAUUUCCAUUUUAUAUGCUAUAGUUCACAUGAAUCUGUCUAACGUGCCAGCGAUAGUAAUUUAAUCACGUUUAGUUUUCAUUUGAUAUUAUUGUACCUUUCAUGAGUUUUAAUAGAUGUGCUGUACAUAGUCUUCUGUAGUUUAUAAUACUAUCAUUUAUGGGAAUUUCAUGACCAGGAACCACUUUUUUUAAAGGGUUACUGUAAUAAUUAUCAGCUGUUAUUUAUGUUAAACAAAGCCUGUAAUUAUAUGCAAUAAGUAUUUUAAUGCAUUGAUUACUGGCAGCUUCUGCAUAGAAAUAUUUUUUUACUGCAUUGUUUUAAAAACUUUACCUUCUUCAUGAAAAACAAGUUGCUGUGCUUUUAAAAAAAAAAAUGUAGAUCCUUCUUCCCUUACCACAAAUAUUAAAAUCUCAAUAUUAAAUGUAGUCUAACUUGCAGAAUGCAAUGCUGUUUAAGUAUUUUUAUUUUAUUUUGUUUUGGAAACCUCUCAAGGUAGAUAACCUAUUCAUAACCCCCCAAAAUGGAAAUUGCUUUCUUAUCUAAACACAAGAAGCUUUAAUGUCACAAACAAUGGAACAAUGGAACAACUCUCAUAAGAGAAGAAGCUGUGAUUUUGU